AUGCCACCACAACUAACCAGAGUCAAUGUGAGUUCUCUCCCAGUAGACCAACGCACUUGUGCGAUUUGUCAAGACGAUCUCGGUGGUGGAGAGAAUGGAGAACCGGUUAAGACUGCGUGCAAUCACAUUUUUGAUCGAAAAUGUGUUCAACGUUGGCUUGACGCCGACCACACUAACUGCCCCAUUUGUCGCGAGGAAAUUCGUAAUGUUACUGGUGGGGCAAGAGACGCGGCAAGAGAUCGGAUUAGACAGAUCAAUAUCGCUGCUAGACGCGUUAGAGAUAGAGCUGUUGAGGAAAGAGAACAGAUGAUGCAAGCUCAGGCGGAUUAUGGAGGUGGGAAUGAAGAUGAUCAUCUUGAUGGAAACGUCGGAGAGGAGCUUGAACCCAUGCCACUUGACGUGCCGGGGAAUUUCAGUACGCCUACUCCUCCCCGCCCUCUUUAUCCAAUCGGAGGACCAGCAUCGAGAAGACAGUCCCCUCCUCCAAGAAGAUUCCCCUCACCACCACCCCAUAGACAUCAUUCCCCUCAAAGAAAUCGUCUCCGCUCAACUCCUCCCCCAGUUUCCAGUCCCUCAUCAAGCACCUCUGCAGCAAUGCAACACGCCGAAGAAACUUACAUCAACGCCCUCUCCACCCUUCGAUCCCUCGACACCAGAAUCAUUAACCAAGCGCGCCUGUCCUACAAAGCCAACGUCGUCAAACACAACGCAGAACGCAACGUCCAACUCACCUUCCAGGAACUCCAACGCGCGGUCCGAUCCGACGAUCAGGAAACGAUCAAUCUUGCGCUUGCGAUGCAGGAAAGUGUCACGAUCCUAUUGGAUGAUGCGCAUAAUGCGAUGGCGCAGUUUAGUACGCCGUUGAGGGAAUGGAUGGAGGAGAGACCGAGGGCGAGUGAGAGAUUGGAUAGGGCGAGGUUGGAGUUUGCGAGGCAGAGGGAGGGGUUUAUGAGGGGGGUUAGAAGUGCGAGAGGAGGGAUAGGAGAGAGAGAAAUCCAGCGGGAUUUUCAAGGCGAUGAAGAUGAAGAUGAGGAGGCUUGGGAGCCUUAUGAUCCGAGGGAUUUUGAGUGA